AUGAUCCUGAACAACAAGAUUGUCCAUUUCUUCAUUUUCGCUGCUUUGGUUACUGUAACCUCAGCUCAACUUCGAUGUUAUUAUGGUAUUUCUACACAAAACGCUAAUGAAACCGUGGAUUACUCUAGUGCGAACAAAAUGAUAACAUCAAUAAGUUGUCCUGGAUCAUUUUGUAUGAGAAAUUACCAAAAACACAGAAACUCUCAAUCGAACAGUUAUGGAUGUGCGAACAAUGCAUGCACCAGCAGUGGAUGUACGGAGGAUACCAAUGGACGUGGUUCAUGUUGUUGUCGAGGAGACUUCUGUAACUCAGGAUAUUUCAAAACUACAGUAUCUUCGAUGAUCCUCACUAUUGCCUCCAUGUACUUUUCCAUGUACAUGCACUUUUGA